AGAGGCGAUUCCUCAGCUCCAGACUUCACUGGAGGAAGAGCCCCUGCCUUUGAUCAGACGGGAGGGGGUGCAGCUGUGUACAUACUAUUCUCCAGGGACAGCGCUCUUUCUUUCUCUCUCCCCCCCCCUCUCUCUCUCUCUCGCUCACUUACUGUUUCUCCCCCUCUCCCUCGCUCGCACUCUCUCUCACAUGCGCGCUCUCUCUGUCUCUCGCUCUCUUGCACUCUCUCUCUCGCUGUCUUUCUCUCUCUCUCUCCGGCUGGACCGUAUGCACCUCUGUCCCUGGGAACCGGCUCGCUCGCUCGCUCGCUCGCUCGCUCAUGGCUUGCUACUACAUCGUCAUCAGCUCCGCGCACCUCAGCAACGGUCACUUUCGGAACGUCAAGGGAGUUUUCCGCGGCCCCCUGGGAAAGAACGGGAACAGGAACUUGGAUUAUGCAGAGACACAGAAGACCGUGGUCAAAGCAGCCAACUUCUACUGUGAGCUGUGUGACAAGCAAUACUACAAGCAUCAGCAGUAUGACAACCACAUCAACUCAUACGACCACGCCCACAAACAGAGGUUAAAAGACCUGAAACAGCGGGAAUUUGCGAGGAACGUUGCAUCCAAAUCCUGGAAGGAUGAGAGGAAGCAGGAGAGAGCUCUUCGCCGUUUACACCACCUGGCAGAACAGCGCAGGGAGAUUCGAUGCGCCCCAGGCAGUGGACCCAUGUUCAAAUCCACCACGGUCGCAGUCGAAUGCAGUUUACGGGAAACGGGCCACGGAGGGAACACAGACAGGACCCGCCCCGCCGCGCCACUGGACACGGCUGCCCAGGAUGAUAUCCCCAGUGCCCGUAUGCCAGCCAAAAGCAGGCAGGCCCCGUCGUGCCAUACCAGCAGGGCCAAAAACCAAGCGUACCGAGAGAAAAUAGCCUUCUCCUUUUCCAUUCGGAAGAGGGCGUGCUUUAAGUUGGAGUCUUCAGCAGCCGUGUUCUCUGAGAGUUCGGAAGACAGACCCGCUGGGCUGUUCUGUGGACAGAGACUUAGAGAAGCACCUGCCAAGGCCAGUUUACCCAGUCUAAACAGUCCAACUAGUUCACCCACUCCAACCAGUUUACCCAGUCCAACCAGUCCAAUCAGUUUACCCAGUCCAACCAGUUUACCAAGCUCUGUCUACAGAGAGAAUGUUUGCAGCUCUGACUCCCAGCCAGAGAAACCCACCCAUGACAGGCUCAGUGCACAGAGUCAGGGGUCACCUGAGAGCCUAAGUGCACAGGGUCAGGGGUCACCUGAGAGCCUCAGUGCACAGGGUCAGGGGUCACCUGAGAACCUCAGUGCACAGGGUCAGGGGUCACCUGAGAGCCUCAGUGCACAGGGUCAGGGGUCACCUGAGAACCUCAGUGCACAGGGUCAGGGGUCACCUGAGAGCCUCAGUGCACAGGGGUCACCUGAUGGCAUGGUGAGCAGCGACAUUUCAGUGGCGGUUACCGACCUGCGUGCUCUGCUAAUUUAUUCUGAGGAUGUGCUCGUCCCCUGUAUCUCCAAAUUACCCAGCUUUCCUUUCCACCUAAAGAGCACAAGUUUGCUUUUAGAUAUGGAAGAGUCACUGGAGCGUUUGAAAAGAGGUGCACUGGGAACGGCAGACCAGGUGGGAAGUAUCUGCCCCGAAAUGCUCAGAAGUUCCACAGAUGGGGAUGGGGACUUAGCAGGUGGUACUGAUGUUCCCUCAGGAGUAGACUCCGCACAGUCAGUGGGAAAAGGGGAAAGCUUAGCGGUAAAUGUCCGUCGUGAGUUCAGGAAGCCCAGCCAUGCUUUCUGCUCUGUCCUGAGUAAAGAUGGCGGUACUGUUCUCCAGUGGCCUGUGGAGAUGCUGGCAUACACCAGGACACAGCCCGCGCUGUCGUACAGCUGCAACCCUCUCCAUUUCGACUUCAGAGCUGUGCGCAGUCCAGCAGGGACGGGGGACCAUGGGGGUGGAGUGAGAGAGGCACAGCUCGUACCCACUACUACCGAUACAGGUGUGGAAGAGACUUUACACCCUAAUAAGCACAGAGACCACGCCUCCCACAGCCAGGGAGAGCUUCUGAGAGCUCCUGUAUGGAACAUUCCAGACUGGGAAAAUUCUCAGAGCCACCAGGAUUCAGAUGAGCAGAUGGAGGGGCACAAUGGCUACAUCACAAAAAGCUUUCUCAGAGUGAACAGGAAGAGGAAGUGUGGGGAGGACUGGAAAGAAGGCACCACCAGCAAGAGAGGUGUGGAGAAACUGGGGGGCAGAGAAAGGAGAGCCCAUAAAAGGCACAAAAAGAGGAGGAGGAGGAGGAGGAGGAGAAGGACGGACAAGAAUACAGCCAGGAGAGACGAGAGCAAUGCUGGGGAACCCGAUACGCUGCUGAAACAGGUAGAGUGCUGGGAGCCAGUCCUCCUGCAUUUUAGAGGCAACACCUCUCUCCAAAAUCAGUAUGACAGCAGCAGCAUAACUCCUGAAAAUCAGAGUGAGACCAGCACAACUAAUGACGAUCAACAUGAGAACAGCAGAACUGCUGAAAAUCAGCAUAAGAACAGCAGAACUCCUGAAGAUCAGCAUGAGAACAGCACAUCUCCUGAAGAUCAGCAUGAGAACAUUAGCAGAACUCCUGAAGAUCAGCCUGAGAACAUCAGCAGAACUCCUGAAGAUCAGCAUAAGAACAGCAGCAGAACUCCUGAAGAUCAGCAUGAGAGCAGCAGAACUCCGGAAGAUCAGCUUGAGAGCAGCUGUGAUGCAUGGAGCUGGAGGCGGGAAGCAGAUGGCUGCAGCAGGGGUGAAGCAGAGUUGGGUGCAGCGGUGGGGGGCUGUGAGGGGAAUCUGCACCACCCAUCACAGGAACAGCCGCUGGUCACAGGGUGCGGCUAUAAUGACUGUGCUGGGCUUGACACAGAGAUAUCCUGCACCACCGACACAUGGCACUACAGCCAGAUCUCACACCAACGCUGCUCCACAAAGAGACAGCGGGGAUCUCAGAGCAUGGAGGAGGAGGAGUGUGUCCUUCAUCAGGAGAGGUGCUCAAACUGUAGUUCAGGUAGGCCAGGUAAGUCAGCCAAUAGAAACUGCAUUCAGGGCAGUGUGAGAGGCUGCUGUGAACUGAAGAGCAGGGGGAAAAGAUUGAGACUCUGUCAGGACUCUGAGAAGGAGUUGGACCCUGAGGAACGUUCUGGAAAUUUACUAGUAAAUAGAGGUUCUGUGUUGCCUGAACAGGAAGUGGGUGAGACUCCAGUCUGUGAACACAGAAACAAAAGACUGAAAGGUCCUGAAGAAGUCACACGGCAGAACUCGAGCCACGCAGGUGCGAGUCGUGAGAGAUCACUUCUGCUUGACGCGCAGCGUUUGAACAGCCAAUCAGAGUGUGCGUGUCAGGAGGGGAGGCGGAGCCCAGAGAGCUCAGAGACGGCCAAUGCUGGGAGGUAUUUCCCCCCUGCCAAUCCUGCGACGGGGCAUCCCCCCUCCAGCCCUGAGAAACGCAGGCUUGUGCUGCACCCACAGGCCUUCCCCAGGAUCUCCCCCUCAGGGCCUCCCCCCCUGCGGUAUCCCACAUGCCCCCCCACGCCCAUAUCGCCCGCCUCCAUCACCAUCCACCACAGAGUACUAGAGCCCCCUCCUCUGCUCCUCCCCCACAGCUUGCCCCUCACCCGUUUGCCCCUCGGGACGGAUAUGUGCCCCUGUCUGUUCUUUUCCCCCGCCAGCCUGCAGCCUUUCAGUGUCUCCUUCCACCCGCUGCCCCUCCCGAUGCCCUGCCCACUGCCCCGCCCAGUGAUGAUUUCAGCCCUCCAGCCUGUCGUUCCACUGCAGCCUCUGCUAUAAGAACACUGUCACAUGACUCAAACAAACUUUUUGCAUGCUACAACAUAUUAAAUGAUUUUUUUUUUUUUAAGUGUUUUCGGUGCAAGACUAAAAGAAUGAGGAGAGCUUCAUUUUUGUUUCUCUCGAGAGAGCCUCUGUUUAAUUGUUCGGCUUCUGUCAGAACUGAAAUCUGCCCGAGUAGCUUUUUUUUUUUCUCAUUUAACGUGAGCAGUCCUGCACAGACCAUUUAACACAGGUUAAUGGAGGCUGCAGUCUAUGUGUAUUUAUGAAGGGUUGAGUGUUGCAGUAUUUCACUGCUAAGACAGUGAAAGCGGCAUUGUAGCUUUCAUUAAUGCACACUAUAUGCAGAAUUAAAUACAACAUGAAAAAACAGGCUCAACUUGCAUGGCCUACAGCUAAUUAAUGAAGAACGUGGCUGACAAAUGGUUCAAGAUUCAUGGACUUUUUACAAGAGAGUGUAGGCGUAUGUAUCAUUAAACCCUUUGAACAUGGUGUGUCUUCGUCAGAGUUUGCCUGUUAAGACUACAAAAACAAAAGCACUUGCCAAUGUGAAACAACCACAAAAAAGCAGAGUUUGUGACAACAGUCAUGAGGAUACAGAUUAAAUCAUAUAUUUUUCAUAAAGAAUAUAACAAACAUGAUUAUGGGUUGCAAAAUUAAAAUAUUAUAAUGUCAUUAUGAUCUAAUGAACAGUUAUCUACAGUAAUAUAUCAUCAUUGCUAUCAUCAGAGUAGAACCAGGUGGCCACAUUAUUUAAUAUUCACUAUGCAAUGCUCUGCCUAUUUGAUAUACUGUACAUAGAAAGAUGUUAAUGUUGUACAUUACGAUUUAUCUAAUACACUUGUAAGAUUUAUUCAUGUUUUCAAGUUCAUGUUUUUUUUUUUUACGUGUAAUGCACUCUGUAUGUGUUGUUUACACAAACGGAUCCAAUGAUGUUUUAUAGCACAAUUUCACUAUGAUAAAACUAAUAAAGCAGAGUGCAAAAUCUGACUUUUUUUCCUUUCCUGCAGAAUUGUGCAUCUGAAAGAGUCAAAAGCUCUGAGCAGUUCAAAAAACUUCUUCAUGCCACCUGACUGGCUUUCAUGAAAUUUCCUGGCUUCAGCUUCUCCUUCACAAGCGACCCAUACCUCUGCUCCUCGUUUGAUUUUGAGCAGUGGAGCUGAUGGACAUGAUGUCUUUUGGAGUCUCAGUCACUGUUAGAGGAUGGCUAGCACCCUCUCUUCCUCAGAAACAGCAGGGUAUACUACAGAAAGACCAGCUAUGAUUGAGUCUCUGUUACAGCAGGGUACACUACAGAAAGACCAGCUAUGAUUGAGUCUCUGUUACAGCAGGGUACACUACAGAAAGACCAGCUAUGAUUGAGUCUCUGUUACAGCAGGGUAUACUACAGAAAGACCAGCUAUGAUUGAGUCUCUGUUACAGCAGGGUAUACUACAGAAAGACCAGCUAUGACUGAGUCUCUGUUACAGCAGGGUAUACUACAGAAAGGCAUGUCAUACCCAACCGUGUUCUUUGCACCUGAAGACUGACAACAGGCUUCUGACGACUCAACACAAUCACGCUUGCCAUCGCUCCUGUAGUAAGAGAUUAUUUUGAGUGUUUACUGCCUUGGACAGAGCCAGUGGGUUCUAGAUGAUUCCACUGACUUGGAAGUGGCAAUGCAAAUGCGCCUUCACGUUUACAGAUGUUAAUAUGCAUUUUUGCCAGUUACCACAGGGACUGCAUCCAACAGUUUUCUAUAAAUGUGUGCCAGUAGCAUUGAAUGACUUUGCUAAGCCAUACUCUGAUACAGUAUGAAAAUGCAGCAGGAACUGAAGAACAUCUGAAGCUGCUGGACAAGCUCCUUUCCAGGUGCACCUUCUGGGCCAAUCCAGUCAAAAUGCACCAAGAAAAAACAUUGAGCCUCAUUCACAAAACUUUUCUUAAAUUAAUCUUAUUACAGGAUAACCACAAAUGCACCCCAGUGUGAGAAAUGUCUUCUUUAUCAGAGAAACCCUUCCUGCUGCCUCUUUACAGUGAGAAAGAGGAGGACAGCAUUCCAUUUGUGUUAACUCUGGCCUGGGGGGUUUGAGUACAGUGUCCCUACCCAGUUAAUUAAUUGGCUAAAAUUAAGUUCAUAAAGGGUCCUGAAUAAUUAAAGCCAAUCCAGCUGAUCAAAGGCUUCUUUUGGCUUCCAAUGAGACUCAAUAGUGGGGUUUUUUCCACAAGUUUGCCAAAUGAAUGUUUUUAAAUAGUC